AUGUCGAAUUAUUACUCAUCGCAGCUCCAGGUACACAACUGGAUGCUUGCGCAGAUGUCGAAUUACCCGCCACCGCCGCAGGCCGACCAGCAACACUACAAUGCCUUGUAUCCCACCUCCGCUGGCGCUCAGCAGCAGCUCUUGGACCCGGCCCAGCAGGAUCAGCUGCAAUUCAGCAGCCUCAACCAGCCAAUUUACCCCAAGGUCGAGUCCAAUGGUCCCGGCCAUCCCCACAGUCCCUCUGGCCAGCACAUUCACGAUCUACAUCACCACCACGUUCUAGAGGAGCAACAGCGGCAUCACAUCCACCAUGCCCAACAGCAGAUACAACAGCCCACGCCAGUCGCCAGCCAUCCAGCGAGCAAUGCUGCCCAGUCCCACCCUCCCACACAGACUUCAACGCCUGAACAGCCUCAGAAGACGAACCGGUUACGAAAAGCAUGUGAUUCAUGCAGCAUCCGCAAAGUCAAGUGCGACGAGACCGGUCCACCAUGUCGAGCAUGUGCUGCGCUAGAUAUUCCAUGCACAUUUGAUCGCCCCAGUAGACGGCGUGGGCCUCCGAAUCGCCACGCAGAAGCGAUUAAGCGUCGCCGUUUGGAAGCUGAGAGUGCAGGCUCUCCGGGGCUCUCCGGAAAUUCUUCGCCAUCAUCACCGACGCAUGCCGCACAGGCACUGACAGCUCUGGCCUCGCACUCUUCCGCCCCGCUAUCAGCAGAGUCCAUCUGCCCGAUUGAGACCCUCAACCUGCUCAUCGACGACUUCUUCACUUACAUUCACCCACUCUGCCCCUUUCCCCACGAGCCUAGCUUUCGCGAAGCGUGGAAGCGUAGAGAAGAUCUUACCAAUCGAUCGUUUCUGGCAUUGCUUGCGGCCAUGAUUGGAGCUUUGGUGGCCUCAUUCCCGCGAAAGCCGCGGCUACAUCUGAAGGCACAAAGGAGAGAGAACCUGUUCCCGAACCAUAUGAGCCUCGUGCACAGAUGCCAGAAGGUAUGUGCUUCGGCGCGUGGCCCAGGAUAUCUCGAGAGCGAAAGUUUGAACGUCUACGACGCGGCGACCAGCUAUUUCCUGGCGCUCAUGGGAAUAUACACCUUCAGAUGGCGUCUGGGUCGGCUUUACUUCGGCGAAUGCUUGACGAUCCUACGAACCCUUGGCUUGCAUAAGCCCAAGGGCCAGUCGGUGACGCAGCUCGGCACUCUUCCCGCUGCCAUGGGAUCUCAUCACAAUGGCAGCGGAGACGGUACCAUCGAGAUUGAUAACAUCACCCUCGAGAUGGGCCGCCGCAUAUUCUGGACCAUGUUCGUCAGCGUAAAAUCAAUGGAACAGCUCGGGGCUAGAUUUGGCGAGCUGAUCAUCCCUCCACCGACACUUUCGGAGCCCUACCCACCCCUACCCGCCGAAGUCGACGACUUCUGUAUUUAUCCGACACACACCGAGCAACAGCCCGCGGGCUUGGUCCCCAUGAUCGCAGGCUUCAACGCGAACGUGCGAAUCUACAGUGCUUACAACCCGCUGGCGACCACGGAGUUGGCGUGGGGUAUAGAUGCUGUCGUUGAUUGGGAUCGUCAAAAACGUGUCUUGCACGAGUCUCUGCACCGUUGCAAGAGCGCUAUGACUGAGCUGCCAGAGGAGCUGGUCGUUAGGAAUACCAGUGGCUUUGGUGGUCCUCAUAGCACGGACAACAACAGCUUCUACCCAGGCUUUGGGCAUCCGCAGUUCAAUAGAGAUCCUGCCCAGUCUCUGAUGAGUCCAUCAUCGCGGUCCUCGAUGGAACAGUCUCCAGAGGRGAGACGUCGCUCUCAGUAUGAGGUGCAAAAGGCCAACAUAUACGCGUCGAGUCUGGCAACCCGCUCAUACCUCGUCGAUAAAUACUGGAAUCUGUGUGAUGCCCAUGAACGAGCGCGCAAGUCUUCUCAGCCAGGCUCUCCUAGUAAGGGCAUCACYGCUGCUGGCAUUGAUGGCAUGUUACCCCAAAAUGGCACAGGCCAGUUUGAGCCCAUCGAGACUGAGAUGCGUGAGGAGAGAGAAAGCAUCGUUAGAGAUCUUCUCGUCGUGCUGGGCAGCAUUGAUCAGGUCAAUAUGGAGCCCAGCGCGGACUCAUUUAUCAUGAAGAUUCGAUCCAUUGCGAGUACCCUAAUCCAGGCCCCCGAUCAGCGCAAGGGACAAAUUGCCGUUCAAGCUCAAGAGUACUUGGGUGCUUUCCUCAAGAUUAUCAUGAGGCUUGAACGUGUGAGUCCUGCGAACAGCAACGACAUGGAUCAGCCCGAAGACGAGGACGCCGAACUCCGAGUCUGGGCCGACCUGAGAGAGUACCAGCACAAGUUUGCCGAACACGGGGGCUUGCUUGGUCUGCCUUGA